GGGACCGGGGUCACACGGUAUUUUUUCUAUUCACGUUUCAAACACUGACUUCGCUAAACUUGCUUUGUUUUCCUGGGGUUAUUCUCGGGCGGUUAGCACUUAGCUGACUUUUAGCUUCGAGCGUGCUGACGUCACCGAGUUGCCGUAGAGCUAGUAGCGAUGGGGACGCCGUUGCCCUGGCGACAGCGCUCAUAAGUCAUCGGCGCUGGCUAGGUGCUGUAUGAACUUUAACGCUGCAGAAACAGCUUCAGGUGAAGGUUUUAAUUAAUAAAAUGAAUCAAAUAAAUAUCGUGGGUCAAAUAGCUUAGGAUUUUGAACUGACUCCACCAGCCAGUUUUUAAACGAGUAGCAGACAGUGGGGUAGCUGUUGCCCCGACGACAGCACGCACAAGUCAUCCGUGCCAGCGAGCAUCUGUUUGAAACGCUCCGUAUACGGCUCGGAGUGCCGCUAACACGCUCCAGAACGUAGUCACAUAUGGCUUCCUCACUGGUGCCCGACUUCUCAUCGGUUAUGGUGGUUCUGGAGCGUUUAAAGGAGCUGGACGAAUACCUGAAAGAGGAGGAGGUACCGUUUGCACCUGAGGCCAGCCUCCACCUCAUGGAGAUAACGGCUGCUGUCAGCGAGCUGGAGGCAGACAGGCGCGCUGCUCGUGAACACUUGGAAGUGGAAAGCAUAGAAAACAGCAAACUGAGACACCAGAUCAACAACAUGCGUGAAGGAAUGAGUAAGGAGAUCAUGGCUGAUGUAGCAGCGGCGCGAGCAUCGAAUGUCGAGGAGAUCCAGCAACUGUGCAAAGAUCUCAGUGCAGUCUCUCAGCUCCAAGAAGAAGCUACGAAGAUGCGGGAAUCCCUUCUCAGCCAAAACAAGUCCCUGUACCUGGAGCAGGAUCAGGCGAAGGCUAACCAUGAUAGUAUCAUGGCUACUCUGAAUGAUCUACUUGCCCUAAAGUACAGCUCACAGAUGCAGCUGAACAUGACAUGGGAGAAUAUAGAGGAGCUGAAGUCCUGCAUUGCCGGCGUCGAGCAGGACAGGUUAACCCUGGAGCAGAACAUGAAGCUGGAGAGACAAGCCUCCUCCGUGAAAAGAAAUGACCUCUUGGAAGAGGUGAGCCACGCUGAGAAGCAGACAGAGCAGCAAAACCGCCUGAACAGGAGUAGCAGAAGAGAACUGGAUAGCAUUACCAAGAAGAAAGACAAAGCCCAGGGACAGCUGGAUGAGCUCAUGGAUGAGUUAGGUAAGGUCGAGAACAACAUACACAGACUGAAGGUGUCACAGCACCAUCAUGAGGAGCAGCUGGAAGGGGAAGUCCAAAAGCAACGGGAGCUGAAGCAACAGAGGGAUCUGCUGAAGGAGGAGCUGCAUGAAUUGGAGGAAGCCUUCAGCCUCACUGUGCAGAACUUGCAAGAGGAAAUCGUCGCAAUGGACAGUAAAAUAAAGGAGGGCAGAGCAUCAAAACAGCAUUUAGAGGCAGCCCUGACUCAGGUCUGUGAGAUUUUCAAGCAUCGGCACACUAAAGAGAACUGGGUCAGGGCUGAGCAUCAGCAGGUCUCCCAGCAGCUGGAGUGGUCCAGGCUGCAGCUGGAGGAGCGUAUUGCCUCCAUCAUCAAGCAUGGCAGGGAGAUCAAAGAGAUGGAGAAGCAGGUCAAAGAGCUCAAGGAAACUGAUGUAAUAAACGAGCGUCUCUUUGAGAGGAAUCAGGAAGAGCUACGUGGCAACAUGGAUGCAGGAGAAAAGAAUGUGGGCUGUCUUCAGGAGGAGAAAGAGCGACUCCUGCAGCUCCUGGAGAAGGCAAAGAGGAAACAGGAGGAACAUAUUGAGAAAAUGACAUCUGACAUCAGUAGUACCCAGAAAAGAUAUGAGGAGCUGCUUCAAGAAAAAGCAGCGCUCCUGAAGCAGGAGCCCAAGACCACUGAUGCCAGCCUCCUGAUGAGGCAUGUGACCCGAUCCAAGGAGGAGUACGAAAGAAUCGAGACCAGGCAGCACCAGGAGUUACAGCAGCUCACCACUGACGUCGACAAGGUUGCUCAGAGUGUUAAGGAGAAGCAGAGGGAGGUGGAGGAGAAGGAAAAGAUUCUGAAGAAGGUGGAGGCCGAGUGGAGCGAUGAGCAGAGCAGGCACCACAGGCUGGAAGUGCUUCUCAAUGAGCUGAGGAAGAGGAGGAGUGAGCUGGAGCUUUCAAUUCAGGCACUGAAGGAGAAAACCAGUGAACUCCUUCAGCCCAAAGAGGAAAUGAAGGCUGAGCUAGAGGAGCUGCAAACAUGCCACAUCAACACGCUCCACAGACAGGCGUCUGAGCUGAGAGCUGUGGAGGUGAGCAUCUACGACUGCGGCGCGAAACUGGAGCAAGUCACCAUGGAGAACAGCCGGCUGCAGUUCCAUAUCAGUCGGAUGACGGAGGACAUUGAAACAGCCAAACAGGAGAUGCACAAAUACUGGCAGGAGGCUCAGGAGUUCAGCCAAGACGCAGAGGCAUUAUGGGAAAGCUUACAGCAAGCCUGGGCGGAGGAUUUAAUGUUAACCCAGGACCAUGAGAGCAGUGAAGGCGUCCUGUUCAUGUCGAUUAGUUCCCUGCUGGACCAUCUGAAGAAUCGGAAACAGCAGUUAGGAAACAUUAGCACGCUCCUUCACCAACAAAUGCUCGACUUCAGCAAACGACUGGGAGACAAGACCACAGCGAAACUAUGCAGCUGACUUUAUCCACGAUGACAAGUGGACUCACUUCAAGAUGUCAGCCUGCUGUCUGUGCACAGGCAACGUUUGAGCCUGAUAUUAACCUGUAAUGUGGAAAAAAAAAAAAAAAGUUUGCUGUGACAUGAAAA